AUGGACGAGACUGUGGAAUGCAAGCCCGCACCAGCUGCUGACCUGCGCGAACUGAACGAGAAGUACAACAUCCGACAUGCGGCACCAAUCGCAACCAAGACCGCUGCCAUAGCGAAAGAUGGCAGCGUUGAUGCUGAGUCUGCUGGGAUCACAACAGACACCACCGUCGAUACGCCUUUACAGCUGGUCACCAAGACCCUCGACACGUCCGAUGACCCGACUGAGAAUAUCUACACCUUCCGAGCCUUCGUCCUUGGGUUAGGCUUGUCGGCCUUUGGUGCUGUUCUCGGCGAGAUCUUCUACUUCAAGCCACAAACUAUCAACGUGAGCAUUGUGUUCCUGAUCAUGAUCGCCUACUGUCUUGGAGAGGCCACUGUCUUGAUCCCUCGCUGGGGUCCUGUUGGCCGUUUUCUCAACCCGGGACCGUUCACCCAGAAGGAACACGUUUUCAUCGUCAUUAUGGCCAGCUCUGCCGCCACCUGUGCCCUCGGAACCGAACAACUUGCCGCCCAGUCUCUAUACUACGGCAAUCAACCAAAUGCAGCGUCGGCCAUUUUCAUGCUGUUCUCCUCGCAGUGCAUUGGCUAUGGUCUUCUCGGUGGCAUACGCAACGCUUUCAUCUACCCCACCAAAUUUGUCUGGCCAUCACAGCUUCCAAAUGCAGCACUAUUCCAGUCGAUGCACUUGAACAAGGAACUGGCCAGGAAACGACUCAGAAUCUUCUGGUGCAUCUGCGUGGCUGUCAUGGUCUGGGAGAUUGUGCCUCAAUGGAUGUUUCCUCUCACCACUGGAAUUUCCAUCUUCUGUCUCGCCAACCAGGACUCGGCCUUCUUCACGCGCCUGUUCGGAGGAGCCAAUGGAAACGAGGGUAUGGGCUUCCUGGGCUGGUGCAUGGACUGGCAGUACAUUGGAGAAAAAGAGUUUACUCUGCCCCUGAGUACAUUGGUCAACCAACUCAUUGGCUACAUCGGCUGUAUUGCUUUGACCCUGGGCGCUUACUACUCCAAUCUCUGGGAUGCGAAGAGAUUCCCUUUUAUGGCGCAGUCUUUGUUUACUUCCAAUGGGACUGUCUAUGACCAGACACAAAUCUUGGGUCCAGACAACCAGGUUGAUCCAGCUGCUUUGCAAGCCUACGGGUUUCCCAGGUUUGCCACUAGCAAAGCUUUGAGUUUGCUGAUGAAGAACAUGGGCAUCACGGCAGCUGUGGUACAUGUCCUUCUCUGGAACUGGCAUGACAUAAAGUUCAUCUUUGCUCCGUUUCGGCCUUCAGCUUUGAAGCAAAACGUCCAGAAAGUCAGAACGUGGUGGCACCACGGGUUCAACUCGUCCUUCUGGAAGAACUUCACCUCUGACGCGGACACCCCUCGCAAAGAAUAUCCCGGCACCGAAGGGGACCCCCAUUACGCUGCUAUGCGUGCCUACAAGGAGGUGCCAUCAUUUUGGUAUAUCAGCAUCCUCGCCGUCUCAAUCUUGAUUGGCCUAAUCUGCUGUUACCAGCAAAAGACUGGCCUCCCCUGGUGGGCGUUCCUACUUGCCGUCCUACUGGCCUGGAUUUUGACCACUUUCUUUGCGUGCAUGUAUGGCAUUGUUGGGUUCUACUAUCAACCAACAAGUGCGGUCCAGAUGAUUGGUGCUUACAUGGUUCCUCGCAGACCGGUAGCGAACAUGAUGUUUACCCUCUAUGGAUCCAACGCAUUGGUGCAAGCCAUCCAGAUGUUGGGCGAUCUCAAGUUGGCACAAUAUGCGAAGCUCCCACCCAGGGCAACCUUUCUUGCGCAGAUUCUUGGGACAUGUGCUGGCUCAGUGUUCAACUGGGUCAUGAUGAACAGUAUUGUGGAUAAUCGGCGCGACAUUCUGUUGUCCGUUCAGGGCACCAACAUCUGGUCUGGUCAGAAUGUACAGACUUACAAUUCCCAGGCGGUGGCUUGGGGCGGUACGGCCAACGAGAUCUUGUACCACAGCGGACGUCAUGGAACGUACUGGAUGGUUCCAAUGGGGCUGUUCUUUGGAAUCUUUGCCCCAAUGCCAUUCUGGAUCGGUCACAAGUACUUCCCUCAACUCAGACUCAACUCCAUCAACACAUUUCUCAUCUGCACUUGGCUGGGCUGGUUGUCUGUUGGUAUCAACUCUUCGCUUUUGGCAUACUUUGUGUUUGGCUUCUUUGCUCAGGGCUAUCUUCGUCGAUACAAGCCGACGCUGUUCGCCAAGUGGAACAAUAUUUGUGCGGCGGCCAUAGCCGGUGGUUGUUCCUUGAUCAUCUUCAUCCUCACCUUUGCCGUGGCGGGCGGCAGUGGCAAGGCCAGAGACUUCCCGCAAUGGUGGGGAAACAACAUGGAUGGUAAUGUGGACAGGUGCAAGUACCUGAAUGGAACAUGA